AUGAAACGUGAUAUUAAGAAGGACAAGCGCAAGGAAGUUGAGAGUGAUCAAUCUCCUCCUGAGAAAAUUUUGAAGAAGCGACAGCCAUCUCCGACUCCGGUAACAACAUUUAAUUGCGGUGCCACGAUUGAGGAUGGCCGACUGCGCUCCGGUGAUCGACUUUUGGAGGUCAACGGCGUGGAAAUGACGGGCAAGACUCAGAGCGAGGUGGUUAGCCUUUUGCGCAACAUUCCCAGCGGCGGUGUCGCCCGUCUCCUAAUUUCCCGACAGGAAACGGAAGAAGAAAUCCAACAGUCGAACCAAUUGCAAAAUCAACAAGUUCAAUCGUCUCAGCUUCAAUCGUCGACUCAAACUCAGCAGACGAGUCCCAAAUUGCCCAGGCAGAUGAAAUCCAUCAGCAGGGCCAGCGAAGAGAGUCUGCUGCUCCUGCCCUGGAAGCAGCGCGAGAUCCUCACACUCGACAUUCCCGUCCACGUCACGGAAAAGGCCGGCCUCGGCAUUUCAGUCAAAGGCAAGACGACGUCGUCAUCGGGAAAUGGCACCAGCGACCUGGGCAUCUUCAUCAAGUCGGUCCUGCACGGAGGAGCCGCUUCCAGGGACGGCCGGCUGUGCACCAACGACCAGCUCCUUCACGUCAACGGCGUCUCUCUGCAGGGGCGAUCCAACACGGAAGCGAUGGAAGGAUUGAGGCGGGCCGUCCACCAGGAGGGUUCCAAGCCCAGGCACAUCACCCUGACGGUUGCCCGCAAGAUGCACGCGCUCAAGGAUCGUGAAGUGACGCUGGAAGGGCAGUCGCAGGACGACACGGUGAACGGAACGGUUCGACUGGGCGGCAACGGGGGCGACAGCUCCGGCAGUUACGAUCAUUCCGGAGGCAGCAGCGACCAAUCCGGUUCCACCGUCAUUUUUGUCAGCGGAAGCGGAUCAGACAGUCGUGAGAGAAAUCUCAUGAAAGACAAUCGACUCUCCGGAAUCUCCUCUGACCUCCGCAACGAGAGUUACUACCGGGCCACGCACGAAACGUGGAACACGACGCAGUUGCAGGAGACUUUGAUGAAUUCGUCGAAAUCGAACGGUGGGCACCAGACGAGUGUGGUGCAGCAGGGUCCAGGGCGGAAACAGCAUUCACAAAACAGCCCAUCGGUCCACUUGACGCCGGGCGAGGUGGUUUCGAUUGACGGUGAUUACCUGCCGCAGUCGAGGCCACGCCCACCCUCUAUGAUGAUGUCGACGUCCAACGGUUCCUCAGUGGCCUCUACACCGGAUACGACCAUGAACUUGCCUUGGCAGCAACAGCAACAUUCCAAUAAUAACAUUCGUGGUCCCGGUGGUCAACGCUCUGGACCGACGGAUGGACGCGACCGACUGUGGCCCAAUGCCGAGCAGCCGCAGCCGCCCCAGAGUCCCUUGUCGGAAACAUCCAUGCGCUCCGAUGGACGUCCCAGCGAUUCGGAAGCGCCCAUCUACACUAGCCACAUAAAUAGUGUUAGUAUCAAAGCUAAUCGCGUGUUGACACUGAAGCGGGCCAUUUAUCAACUGGCAAAUGGAACGAAUUUUCAAAACAAUUGGCCCUUUAGUCAACGAUACAUCUUCACCAUGUACGACGGACAAGAAUUUCGGCAUCUGAUUGCAUGUAUUAGUUUUAAAAUGGAUUUGUAG